UCUGCCUGUCUUUACUUCCCCGGCGCUGGGAUAAGAAGCAUGAACUACCAUGCCUGGCUCCCCCCAAGAGACUUUAACGCACGGUGUUUCCACAGAGAGCAGAUUGUGGCCAGCUUAGAAGACCGUGUCCCUGAAGGAAUUAACCAGAAAAUGUUAUUCACACAGUGAAAUAUGACUAUCAGGAGAUUUCAGCCACGUGGAUACUAAUUUUAACGCCUGUACCACCUGUUUCUGGACAGUUCCCUCGGAGGAGUGAAGGAUCAGAAGCUGAGACACUGGUGUUUGUGAACUGGAAACUUUGGACCCUUUGAAGGAACUCACCGGAUGGCUUUGAACUGUGUACAAAGUCAGAGAUCCUGUCGGAAGCUGCCUCCACCCAUCCAGUAUGCUUCUCCCUGCUGUGGAGCUCCCUGAGGGGAGUUGGGACAGGUCCCAGUGUACAUGGGUGCUCCUGAAAGCAGACCACAGACUAUUGAGUUAACCUAGUUCACCUCUAGUCUGUUUCCUCCUGGACUUCUCAGUGAUGCUUCUCAGAGAUACUUCUGGAAAUGAGCCUGCAUAGGAGGGAAGUUGCCUUUUCGUAUUGACUGAAGCGUGAACAAGAGGCAGAAACCACUUGACUUGACCACACCUGGUAUCACUGGGCUGGGGCACAGUUGGGGACAGAGAAGCUCUUCUAGGAAGAAUACCAGAUGAGGAGGAUGAAGCUAUCAGGAGAGUAAAUGGCCGCCCCCACUCCCCCAGAGACAAAAUCAGCAGCGUGGUGGAACUACUUUUUCCUGUAUGAUGGUUCCAAGGUAAAGGGGGAAGGAGACCCAACCAGAGCCGGCAUCUGCUACUUCUAUCCGUCCCAGACCUUGUUAGACCAGCAGGAACUGCUCUGUGGCCAGCUUGCUGGAGUCGUGCGCUGCCUGUGGGACCUUUCUGGCACCCCGCCCGUGCUCAUCCGGCUGCGGAACCUCAAGUUUGCCAUCAGGGCGGAUGGGGACUACCUGUGGGCUCUGGGGUGUGGCGUGGAGCUCUCUGAUGCCAGCUGCAGGCAGUUUCUGGAUCAGCUCAUUGGAUUUUUUCAUUUCUACAUGGGCCCUGUCUCCAUGGCCUAUAAGAGCCAUUCUCAGGAGGAGCUGAGCUUGCAGUGGGACACCUUCAUCACACAAGUCCUCAGGAGCACCAGCGAGUCACACCGAAUCUUCAAUGCCCUGUGGAACCUGGACCGCACCAAAGUGGAGCCCCUGCUGCUGCUGAAGGCAGCCCUCAUCCUACAGAGCUGCCAGCGCUCACCCCACGUGCUAGCUGGCUGCAUCCACUAUAAAGGACUGAUUGUGAAUUCCCAGCUCCCGCCUUCCCUCACUGCCAAGGUCCUGCUUCAUCAGACUGUGCCUGCAGACCAGAGGCUGCCUGGAGCAGGAGCUGCCCCACAGGAAACAGGCGCAGCGUUGCCCCCUGGUGUGCAGAUUACCCCUGUUUUUCUGAGUGAGGCGGAAGUUGCCAGCCUCCACGAGUUCCCAGGAGAGCAUGAAACUCGACUCCAGGAAAGUUCAUUUCAGUCCUUUCCCUGGGAUCAAAGCACCCCUACACAGGCAGAAGAUGCCUGGACAUCAGCCACUGUCCUGGAGCCCACACCACAUGAUGGAGCGUGGCCGAAUGGCCGCGGGGCAGAUGAACUCUUGCCUAGGUGUGAGUGGGAGCGUGCAGGACCUGCCGGACUGGGCGCCACUGCCAGCAGCCGGGGCUCUGGCCUCAACAGUGGGCUGCAGAAGGAGCUGUGUCUCUCCCAAGAGGAACUGGACUUGUCUGAAAUGCGCAUUUCUGAGGCUCAGGAAGCCUUCCCACCUGUGCCGGCUCUGGGUGAUCUGGAGACUGUCCGCAGCAGCCACAAUGCCCCCACACUGCCUGCAGACACGGCCAUUUGCAGCGGCCUGGAUCCUUCCCCUCUUGAGAGGCUCCCUGAGAGCGGAAGACUGGAACAGCUUGAAGACCUUCCCCUCACCAAUGGCCAAACCCAAAUUCCUGGUGCAGACCCUCUCCCCAGCAGCAGGCCUGUGGCACUUCUUCCCCACCAUCCUGUGUGUGUAGAGGCCAAUGUGGAGCCACAUGGGAACGGAGCCCAGGAGAGCCACUCCCCUGACUCUCAGGGCCCCAGCCCCUCUGCAGACAGAAUUGGCUUCAAACCAUUCCCUUCUGGGCCCCAUGCAGGGCUCAUGCCCAUGAACCUCUACACGCACACUGUGAAUGGGCUGGUGCUGUCCCUGCUGGCCGAAGAGACUCUCCUUAGAGAUACUGCAGCCAUCGAGGAGGUGUACCACAGCAGCCUGGCGUCGCUGAACGGGCUGGAAGUCCACCUGAAGGAGACACUGCCCAGAGACGAGGCUAGCCUCACAGGCAGCACCUACAACUUCCUGCACUAUGACCGAAUCCAGAGCGUGCUCUCGGCCAACCUGCCCCUAGUGGCUGCUCCCCAGGACCGCCGGUUUCUUCAGGCUGUCAACCUCAUGCACUCCGACUUUGCCUGGCUGCCCAUGCUGUACGAGAUGACCGUCAGGAAUGCCUGCACAGCCGUGUACGCCUGCAGCAACCCUGCCCAGGAGACCUACUUCCAGCAGCUGGCACCCACUGCCCGCAGCUCUGGCUUCCCGAACCCUCAGGAUUGUGCCUUCAGCCUCGCGGGCAAAGCCAAGCAGAAGCUGCUGAAGCACGGGGUGAACCUGUUGUGAGCUGGGCGUAGCACGCGUGCCACGAGCUGUGGGGUGGCCCCUCCAGACUGUAUCCCCAGUGCUCAGUGGCAGCUGCAGGAAACUGAGUGGGCUGAGGUUCUGUCGUGCAUACGGGACUUGAAUACAGUGCAGAACAGGCUGCAGGCAGGAAUGCAGCAGCAGGGAUUCCAGCUGACAGUUUACAUGAGUUACCCAUGGUGCUUUGCAACCUUGCAGUGCUGAGUUCCAGGUUUGUGAAGCAGAUUCCCAAAGGCUCAAAAAUAAAAUGACCAAACC